UUCCCUUAGCCUUAUUACCUGUGUCACGAGUCACCACUGCCGUCCCACAGCCUGACGGUCUUCACUCUGUACUCGCUUCUUGCGCCUUUAACGAAGACCGGAACUGCUCGCCGUUGCCCUGCAGCUCACUAUACCGCGUUCAACUUAUUCUUCAUCCUCCUCCCGUCGGUCGCAACCAUCGUCGAACGCUACUUACCCGUUAAUUCCCGAUUGCCUGUAUACCUAGAGUUCAAAAGUCGGUUUCAACGCCAUAGGGGUUGCGCGCAAGAGGCUGCCUAGUUCAUGAGUCCUUCCCCGAGUGUCUCGGGUGUCAAGUGUCUCAUUAAUUGAUGCCGCUUACCUGUGCUGGCAGCUAAUGCUUUAGGUCUUUCCGCUGUUCUAUACAUAACACAAAACCUGGCCGAAAAUGGGGUCAUGUUUCAGCACAGAGUCAGCGGGGGAUGCGGAACAAAAGAAGCGAAGUCAGGCCAUUGAUCGCCGGUUAGAGGAGGAUUCCAGGCGACUACGGAGAGAAUGCAAGAUACUUCUGCUGGGGUCCGGAGAGAGCGGGAAAUCUACGAUUGUCAAACAAAUGAAAAUCAUUCAUCAAAAUGGCUACACGGUGGAGGAACUUGCGUUAUAUCGUUUAACCAUCUACAAAAAUCUCCUAGAUUGCACCAAAGCCCUCAUCGGAGCUUACCACCAAUUCAACCUCCAACCAACGAGUCCCAAAGUCCGCGAAUUCAUCGAGUUCCUUUCUGAAUACAAUAUCGACCCGGAUCCAAACACGCCUCUAGAUCCUCGAAUUGGAGAUGCCGUCACCUAUCUCUGGAAUGAUCCAUGCACGUCCACUGCGUUAGAGCAUCAGAAUGAAUUUUACCUGAUGGAUUCUGCGCCAUAUUUCUUUGAGGAAGCGAAGCGCAUAGCGGCUCCUGAUUAUAUUCCGAACGUGGCGGACGUGCUCCGUGCUCGAACAAAGACGACAGGUAUCUAUGAGACAAGAUUUACAAUGGGCCAGCUCAGCAUACAUAUGUUCGAUGUCGGUGGUCAGCGCAGCGAGCGAAAGAAGUGGAUCCAUUGUUUCGAGAACGUCACAUCGAUCAUUUUCUGUGUGGCAUUGAGUGAGUACGAUCAAGUACUGCUAGAAGAGAGCAAUCAAAAUCGAAUGAUGGAAAGCUUGGUUCUUUUUGACUCCGUCGUUAAUUCACGAUGGUUCAUGCGAACAAGUAUUAUUCUUUUCCUCAACAAAGUGGAUCUCUUUCGACAGAAAUUGCCCCGUUCGCCCCUCAGUAACUAUUUUCCCGAUUACUCUGGCGGUAAUGAUGUGAACCGGGCUGCCAAGUAUCUCCUGUGGAGAUUCAACCAGGUCAACCGAGCGCACCUGAAUCUAUAUCCACAUUUGACUCAAGCAACCGAUACCACGAAUAUUCGCCUAGUGUUCGCUGCGGUCAAGGAAACAAUAUUACAAAAUGCCCUGAAAGAUUCGGGCAUCUUAUGAUCUUUCUCAAUCGCUUCUCGACCAUUCCAAUCAUUCCAUUAUUGAUCUCCUACGUCUUAUGACGAGCUUUAUCGCCAAAGACACCACAUUCACCAACUCACGGCUACGACUCUGCUUUGAUUCUCGUUUCA